UCGCUUUCUCUCUCGCCUGCUUCUUAACCUGCAUCAUGUUAGUAAUCCAUUUCUUUAAUUCCCCCCUCGAGAACCCAUCCCAGCCUGGACUGGAAGGCAAUCGAUUAGCGUUGUCAGUAAAAGCUCCGCGUCAGAGUCUCGCCGGCUGCUAUAUAAAGCCCCGCCAGUGCAGUAGCAUCCUCACAGAAGUCUCUUCACAGCAGCGGCAGCACUGCAGUCUCUCUCUCCGCUCUCUUCUCUCCUCAACGAUCAUGAGCUCCAUCGGUUACAACCCCUAUUACCCAUCCACGCAGCGGAGACGGGUGGUGGUGCGCAGUGGGACGGGCAUGGGGGGAGGAAGCGGUCGUUCCCGUACCCUCUACACGAGCUAUUCGUCCCCGGCCCGUGGCCCCGUUUUCUCCUCCGCUGGGGCGAUGCAGUUUUCCGCUGCCUCGGCAGACCUGGACCUGAGCCAGUCUUCUCAGCUGAACUCCGAGUUCAAGACGGUGCGGACCCAGGAGAGGGCCCAGCUUCAGGGCCUGAACGACCGCUUCGCCAGCUUCAUCGAGCGCGUGCACGGCUUGGAGCUCCAGAACCGUGCCCUGGAGGCCGAGCUCCUCCUGCUGCGCCAGAGGCACUGCGAGCCCUCUAGUCUCAGGGGGUUCUACGAGCAGGAGGCCAGGGACCUGCGGGCGGCGGUGGAUGAGGCGCGUAGGGAGCGCCAGGUCGCUCAGGAGAGACGGGAUCGUCUGGAGGAGGCCCUGAAGACUCUACAGAGUCGAUACGAGGAAGAAAUUCUGGGCCGUGAGGCGGCGGAAGGCCAGCUCAUAGAUUCCAGGAAGGGGGUGGAUGAGGUGUCGCUGGCCUGCUCCGAGCUGGACAAAAGGGCCGACACUCUGUUGGACGAGCUGGCCUUCCUGAAGAGACUCCACGAGAAUGAGAUCGCCGAGCUGCAGGCCCAGGUGCAGUACAGCGCCCAGAUGUCGGUGGAGAUGGAGGUGUCCAAACCGGACCUCUCUGUGGCUCUCAAAGACAUCCGUUCCCAGUACGAACGCCUGGCGCAGCAGAACAUCCAGGCGGCGGAGGAGUGGUUCCACGGGAAGGUGAGCACCAUGGCGGAGGACACGGCCAAGCACUCGGACAACAUCCGCACCAUUAAAGACGAGGCGGGAGAGUAUCGGCGCCUGCUGAAAGCUCGGGACCUGGAGAUCGAAGCGUGCCAAGGUAUCAAUCAAGCUUUGGAGAGACAACUGCAGGAGGUGGAGGAUAAACAGAGCGCAGAGAUCGCAGGAAUGCAGGAUGCCAUCAGUGACCUGGAUACCGAGCUCAGGACCGUGAAGAGUGAAAUGGCCCGAUAUCUCAAAGAGUAUCAGGACCUCCUCAAUGUAAAAAUGGCCUUGGACAUUGAGAUUGCGGCUUACAGGAAGCUUCUAGAAGGAGAAGAAACACGCUUCAACGUUGGAGGUAUCGGCGGCAUCUCCAGCGUGUUUUCUCCCUCUAUAGCUGCUACACCUUCUUUUGGGCGCCCAGUGUUCUCCGUGCAGGCCAGCCUAUCCUCCGGCGCCCCCUAUCUACUGGGAACCAGACUGAUGAGCUACUCUGCCACAGCAGAUGAGAUUAUAGAAGCCAGACAGGCACAGGAAGCCAGAGCAAUGCCAGAAGAAGAGGAGGAGGAAGAGAAUGAUGAGGAGGAAGAGGAAGAUGAGGGAGAGAAGGAAGCUGAGGAGGAAGAGAAUGAUGAGAAGGAAGAAGAAGAUGAGGAGGGAGAGAAGGAAGGUGAGGAGGCAAAAGAGGAAGAGAAAGAUGAGAAGGAAGAGGAAGACGAGGAGGGAGAGAAGGAAGAAGAGGAGGCAAAGGAGGAAGAGGAAGCAGAAAAAGAGGAGGGUGAAGAGGGAGGAGAGGAUGAAGGUGAGGACGGCGAAAAACAGGAAGAGGAAGAAGAAAAAGAUGCUGAGGAAAAGGAAGGUGGAGAGGAGGAAACCGAGGAUGACAAUGGAAAAGAAGAGAAGGAGGGAGGUGAAGCUGAGAAAAGCAAACCGAAGGAGAAGUGAACAGACAAAUGUCAAAUCCCUGGUGCUAGAGGUGAUCAAACCUCAUACAUGCAGAAAUCUCAACAAUAUUACUGUGACCCUGCGGCUCAGUUUCACAUACAUUAAUGGCAAACCACACUGCACCCAAACAAGAGUAUCUUACCUAAGAAUAAAUGCUUUUAAAGAGUGCUUUAUGCAUGAAUAUAUGCCUCACGUGUACGCUUGGCAGGGAUGGUGUGAUUGCACUUUUCCUUGUUUGUUUUUUUUAACAUGCAAAAAGAAGCUUUUAUUCAAGCAUUGUGUUGAGUUUGACACUGUGAACUGCCUCUGAUUACACAAGUGUGCUUAGUAUUGAAAAUGCCUUAGACCAGAUCGUCCAAGAAAGCCUCAUUGCCUACUAAUAAAGAACCUGACAAC